GUUUACAGACAGUAAUGCCAGAGAGUACACGCACUACUAUGCAGCAUGUUCAGUAUUUGCUAAUACGGUAUAUGAUAUUUGUAGAUGUUUAGAAGGAGCGACAAAAAUUAUCACCUGUUAUUCGCAUAAUCGAUCAUAAGGCGGACAAAAUACUAUAAUCAAACAAAUGAAAAUUGAUUUUGCUAGUAGAACUGGAAAACGUCAAACAUGAGCGCUCAGCAUGUAUUGCUGCAGAGGCGAUUUAGAAAGCCGCUGGAUUUGAUUUCAACCGUGUGAACAGUUUUGAAAUUCGCGAUCGGUAACACACAACGUCGAAUGAAAAAACAAUACGCCUUGCAAAAAAUCAUGAAAAUUUGAUCCCUGUCAGCUCUAAUGGGAUGUGACGUCAGCAAAUCAACAGACGUAAUUGAAAAUGAAGAGAUUGAAAGUGAAACCUUCGAUUUCACAGACACACAGAUAGACACGAUACGAAGCACGUGGCCAAUCUUGGCAAAUGAUAUGGCGGAUAUUGGGACAAAGGUGUUUCUGAAAAUUUUCCUCGUGGAGCCAAAAUUAAAAUACACAUUUCCUUUAUUCAGGUACUAUUGUCAAUAUUUUUGUCUUUUAUUGAAAUUUAAACAGGAAAGAAAUAUCUGAUCUAGAAAAAGUGGUACUGCCUUUUUAAGCGUAGUCAUAUCUUAUAGUUAUAAUCUUACAAAUAAAACAUGCAUUUCUCUUUGACAUGCUCACUUGAAAUAAAGUUGUUUUUUUUUUAAAAAAGAAUAUUAGUAUUGUAAAAAUCCAUUUCAUGUAAAUACUUAAAAUCACUAUUCUCUGGGUAUCCAAGCGAAAUGUUCUUGUUGCCAAACGAGACUCUAAUUUCACUGUUCUUGCUGCAAAAAAACACCCGGAAAUGCCAUCUUAGAAAACUUCAAAAUUUCGAACACUUUAUCGAACAAUUGCAGAAGAAAAUUGGACGAAGAUGAAAAUUGUCUGGAGGCGAUGGAACACUUCCUGUCUCAGCUAGUUGUAUGAAACAAUCAUUUUAUCAAAAUAUCUCACUGCAUGGGUGGAUAAUAGGCCGUAAUUGUAAUGGAAUUUUUGUGGACUUUCUCUCUGGAAACUUACGUAAUGAAUAGAUGAUGUCAGAAAAUUGACAUAGAAUAUCGAUUUCAGGCAAGAAAGAUAUUUAAUUUUUAUGGCUAUGCGAAAUUGAUUAAUGAUAAGUAAAUACUUUUGCCGGGGUUAAUAUGCCUACAGGAAUGAUUCAUUCUCAUUUUUCUUUUUUGAGCUGCAUUGUAUACAUAGGAAGAUAUUCAAACUCCACUGCGAACUCUGGGAGCAAUUAUGUAAGGUUUAAGCUAGUACCUCAUUUAACACACCAAAACACCUCAAAUGAUAAAUAACUUUUUAUCAAUACUCUCUAAGUGUGCUAGGAAAGAGGUUCGAUUUUUGUUUUGUUUUUGUUCAUGGAUUAAUUGCAAUUAGUAUAAUGGAAUAUACUGGAAAUACGUACUAAAAUUGCUUUCAUCGGAAUCGAUUUCAGCUCAGUCUUAAAGGUCGAGGGAGAUAGAGAGAAAAAGUCUACAGUUUGUCAUGUUUAAUGCAUAAGGUAUUAUGACUGUAAAAUGCAUCGGGGAAUCGUUAAAACGCAUUACUAGAGGAUAUAUAUUCAGGAAUACGGUCUCGUAUCGCAAAAUAAAAACAAAAAUAUCUAAAAUAUGAUAUGAGAUAAUAUUCUGGAGCAUGUUUCGGUGACUGACCAGAAUCGGUGACCUUUUGUUUACGUGUGCGCGUUGUCGUUUCCGGGUGUAAUUUGCGUCAUAAAUUUCGCCGUAGUGUUUGCAAACAUAUAUAGAGUACGUCUUCAAUUUUUUUCCGAAAAUGAACUACUAGAAGGAGAGUAUGCAAACAAUCAACACGAGCACCCCAAAAAUAAGCCCAUUUACUUAUUACUUUUUCAAGCAAACCUUCAAAUUAAUAUAAAGUAUACCAAAAGUCUAGAAUUCUACACUAUGUUAUUUUAUUCAUUGAUUCCUCCUGUAUAUACGUUUUAUGUUUUUGUUACGAAAAUAUAUUCAAUUAACGUACCAAUGAAUUUGGAAUUUUUGGAUGAAAGUAAAGGAAUUUAAUUACUUUAAAGGUAGGUGUGUAAUUUAUUUAUCUAAUCCAAGUGAUUAAUGAGAAAAUCGCGGUUUAUCACUUAGGUCACCGAAACUGGUCAGUCGACGAUACAUGUAUUUACAAUUAUAAUGAUCCAUCUCCCGUUAAAGAUCAAAUCAAAACAUCUCAACAACGAUAUGGCAUAACGUGCAUAGUGUAAUAUUGCAUUUCAUUUCCUUUCUUCUUUUUAUCUUCUAGUGACAUGGAAGAACAUGAACUACUGCAUCAUCCAAUUUUCAUUGAUCACGUGACUCGAUUUAUGCAAAUCAUCGACUAUUUGGUGGAAAAUCUCGACGAACAAAAAUCAGACUUUCAGCAAGUUUUGCUAAUGCUAGGUGCCAAGCACGCAACAUUUCCGGGAUUUCAUGUGUCUCAUUUCAAUGUGUUUACAAAAGCGCUUCUCGAAGUAUGGGAGAGUGCCAUUGGUGAGGAGUUCAUACCGGAAGUUCAAAAGUGUUGGACACAGCUAUUUGCCUACAUAAUGCGAUACAUUUUGCAAGGUUACGAACUCUACAUCAACGAGUGCCAAGACGACAUAGUAGAGGAUAAAACUUAAAACAGAAUUAGAAACUACGAAUGUUGCAUGUAUCGUGAAAUUGAAUAAAACUCAGUGUCAGACAUCUCGCAUUGUAAUUAAAAUCGUGGAAUAUAAUUCGAAGUAUAUUGGAUCUAUCUUAUGUAAUAUGUAGCAUUUGAUUGUAUCAACUCCAGAAUUUAUUAAAAUUUUAUCAUUUAGUUAAAAGCGGAAAAGUUUAUCGACUACACAGCUAUAGCUGAUGGUAUACAAGAUCAGUCUUAUGCCGGUACAACGGUAAAACAUCACACUUGUUUUGAAUGUAAAGUAUGUGUAAAACACGUCGAACGCUCUGAUAACAUUGUUUCCCCGGCUGUGUGAUUCGACCCACGGGAAGUCAACCUCCCAAGGAUCCUCUUCCUCACAAUGCAUACCUGCUGAAUUUAAAGCCCGACUGUCAUGCAAGGCUGAUGAUCAAUAAACAAUCACGGCAUUAAUCAGAUCUGUUAGAUGAUUUGCCUUCAUUCAUAUCCCGCUCUGCAUUGUUUCAAAGGCUGUCUUAAUGCGAUACCUCGCGGCUUUUUCUAUAAGCUAUCAUUUAGAAUCCGGAGCUGUCGCUGCUCAAAUGUCAAAACUUAAUGUUUUCAAAACGAUAUUUUGAUUAUGAGAUGUCCCUUAGAUUAGAAUUCAUAUAUUCUUUUUUAAACUUAUUUUCGUUAUUUGAUGUUUGAAUGUGAUUUAUGGAAGCAAAAGGAAUGAAUAUCGGAUCGGAAAUGAUGAUCGUUAUUUGCUGAUUCUUUGAUCCGCCAACCAAUAUGAAUUAUGGAUACUUUACUCCGGAUUUCUCGGAUGUCGAUGUGCCCCUAGAUGAGGGAAUUGAUUAUGAGGACAAUGUGACAUCGAAACUCCAAAAAUCUCGAAGUAACAGUGCCAUCAGUACCCGGAGUCUUUGUUCUGCACUCGGAAGUCACAUGGAGAUUAGAGCAAAAAGCCAACAUCUUCAUGACGCCACCAUAACCCCUCCACAACAUUAUGAGGUACCUCUCCACCAGCUCCGAGGACUUAGAGGAAUGUACCGUACAGAAAACCUUCCACAGGCUAAAGAUUUAGAAACACUGCAUCUUAUCAACCACAUGUUGAAAUGUGACUCCAGUGUUUACAGGCCAAGGAAAGAGCGUUCGUUAUUUUCCGGGAGAGUCCGGAAUACGCAGCGAUCACAGAACAGUCCGUUACAUUUCCAUCUACGUCGGGAACAGACCCUGCCUGCAAUGCACCUAAAACCCGGCUUUAGCAGGACAACUACCUCAAAGAAGUUCCAAAUUCCUAGAAUAGAACUACACAGCCCAGAGACUAUCGACCUAAAUGCUUAUUCAGGCAAAUUACUUCGGAGACCAGCUGUUCGACCAACUAACCCCCUAGCAGAUACAGACCCCCUUUUUUUCAAAUACACUCAGACAAUUGACUUAAAGCCCAAGGUUUUCAAAACUCCUCAGGAGCAGGAAGCUUACUACGAGGACAAAUACCCACUCCUUCUUCAUGCAAACCCCAGCGACGCCAAAACUCCCCGCAAACCGAAGGAAACAAAGAAAGCGGAAGUUAUCGAAGAUCCGGCUCUAGAGCGCAGACUCACAGUGAUAUCGAGGCUGGGCUACUUAAAGGAAGCUGUAGAUGGUUUAGAAAACGAAACAGAUGACUGCGAAUUCCUCACUGAACUCAGGGACCCUGUUUUUGAUCCAACAAAUUUUCCGUGGAAUCGGUCAGAACACCGGGUUGACGAAGUUCCAAACACUCCUGCAGUUACGCCGUUUAGCAGCCACAGUUCUUCAGAGGGGUCUAGUCAUUCUAGUAGUCCACGAAAUCGAUAACAUGUAUUUUGAAAUAUAGAAUAUGUAUAUAAAUAUGAAUUUUGUUUCAAAGAAGCAGAGGAAAGAUCUUUCGAACACUUGCAUAAUUAAUUUUUUUUUUAUAAUUUAUUCUUUUUCCAUAUUCACAUAAUCAUCAGUAAUAGUAAUGAAGAUACAUAUUAAUCAUUUUAUACAUUCUCACACCAUCUCACACUCUUUCACACUACUAAUUCAGCAUUAUUGGUUGAAUACUUCUUAUUCUAAGUUACAGAUCAAAAAUAGUUUUCCAGUUUUCCCAAAGUCUGUCAAAUUUCAAAACUUCACAUGAUUUAAUUGCUACAAAUUUUCAACUUUGUAUUUGAAAGAAAGAUAAUGUAUCAACCCAGUAAUAUGAGGAAUUUUGUUUUGUUUUGAACAAUUGAAAACAUAUUGUUUGGUAUACAGAAUUAUGAAAUUAACAACUUUAUUACAUAACUAAAUUUUGAUAAAUUGAUUUAGUCCACAAAGA